CAUGACAUCUGACGUCACCGCGCCUCUCGUUCUACGAAGCGAUCGUUAUUCGUGGAAUAUCGCCGAUCGUCUCAGGCCCCGAUCAGGCCCAGCACACCGGAGACGAAGCCGAUGUUCCAUAGAAACCGGGCCGCCAUCGCGAUCAUGAUCGCGUCUACUAUUCUGUCGAGCCACAGCAACCUGCAACAUUUUCAAUCCUGUAACAGCGAACGUAAUCAUGCGGCUUACUUGGUAGUUUGGUUGCGCAGAACCGAGGAAACUGGAAAAUUGCCACGCUCGGAUCAUUAAAAAUCCCGAAGAAGAAAAAGAAAACGAGUCGCCGAGGUUUUCCGCAACUGGUACCGCGUAUCUCCCCUCCUCUCGCCCUCCGCGGUGCCAGCGCCAGCAAGCCCCGGUCUUUAUUCGCCCACUCCACCGGCAAAGAACAGCGAGUCGCGGCGCUAAGCUGGCGGAGAUCGGCGAAGCCGACGUUUACAGCCGUUUCGAAACGUCUCGUUCACGCGUCUCGCGGAGCAAAGAAGUUUCCACGGAGCGGGAGAACAAGCAGGAAGGCUUGUUAUCAAGGCCGACCGGGUUGCAGCCGCGAAUCAGCUAGGCGAUCGAGCGGAGCCGGAGGGAAGAAGGGAGGCGUGCGUCUGCGAUCGAUCAAACACACAGAGCCGAAUAACAUCGAGGAGGGAAUCCAUCGGCGAACGAUCCCCGGGAAAAUGGAGUUACUCGACGAUGUACGGCGAUGAGGAGAUGGAAGAGUACCAGGAGAUGGAGUCGAGGACGCGGCACAGAACCUUGAGAAAAGAGUUCGGCGAGACGUUGAAGAAACCUCGUCGGAUCCUGUCUCUGGUAGAACGGGAACUAAACAAGUCGACGAUUCUGUGCUCGUUCAUCUAAUCCCAUCGGGAAAACUUGCGCGUUCCAGCUGGACAGGUGGCGAGAGAUUCAGGUUAAUUUCAGUUGCACCGCGCUUCGGUGAAGACACCGACGAACUCACUUUUGAUCGCGAUCCGCGCAGAAGACGUUAGCGAGAACGGCUGCGACUGCCGGAUCCAGAAGCAUGGCGCGAAAAGUGCGAAAAGCCUCGCCGAAAGCUAGCCCUACCAUCGAAGAGGGCAAGGGCGACGGUGUGGCCGACGGCGAGGAGCCGGUCGAGAACAUCAGGCAGAAGAUGAUAAAGGACAUGCAAGAGGAGAUCCGAUUGGAACAGUACAACCAGAUGCAGUGCAAGCAGCAGGAGGAGCAGCAAUUGAAGAAGUACGAGACCCAGCUGGGCGAGACCAGGGCGGUUCUCGACCGUCAUUGGACGGCGUUCGUCGAAGACGCUCGUAACUUGCAGGAGCAGGAGAACUGGGACAGGUACAUGACCUGCGACGGACUCCCGGAUCCCGGCUCGUUGUCCGACCUGAACACGUUCCUCUUCGUCUGGACGAUGGAGAACAAGGACGCGAACAUGGACACGGUUACGGGAAUCUGCAACGUGAUCACCGACUUGAUGGCCAAGCUGCAGAGGAUCGUCCGGUUCUCCGACAACUUUUCCAAGAAGCACGGCGACGAAUACGAAUCGAUCGCGAAGGAGCUACGCACCAAACUUCAGAGCUGGAUCGACCUCGCUUGCUACCGAUUGCUGCGCAACAUCGAGGCGAACAUGACGAGGGAGGACAUGAAGACGACCAGAUACGUGCGCGAGUCCGUCCAGAUGGUGUGCUGCGUGUGGGCGCCGAUCGUUCUGCCUGUCGGCAUGAAACGGAUCACGGACAAGGACAGAAAGGCGAUCGAGGUGGCGUUCGACGAGAUCAAGCUGACGGUCAAGCUGCCGGUCGACUUGGACUGCCAUCGCAUGGCGAUCCGCGGGCUCUGGCUGGCUUACGAUCACUAUUCCGUCGAGACCGAGUCCCGUCGCGUACCGGACUUGCCGGCGGAGCUCCGAAAUUCCUGGGACAAGCCCCCCGAUCUGCUCGAGUUCGCGAGAACGGAAUAUCGCGAGAAGCUUCGGAUCUGGGAGGAGCAGGCCGAAGAACGCCGGCUGCGACUGGACGAGAAGAAGACUAUACUAGAGAAAAUAGAGAAUCCGCCGGCUCUGCCGAGCGCCCGCAGGGGAGGGAAGCGCGGCAAGAAGCAAAAGAGGCCAAAGUCCGCCAAGAAUAAUGCGUCGGAGUUCGAGCAGACCUUGGAUAGAUUCUUGCCCACGGACGGGGAGUUGCUGCCAUAUCUACCGACGCCCAACGAGGUCGUCAGACAGCGGGAAGAGGAGAACAGGAAAGAGGUGCGCAAGUUGCUGUUCACUCGGUGCGGCAAGAACGAGGUGAACCUAAGGAAAUACACCGUCCUCGGCGGCGUGUUCCGCGUAGAUCUGAUCCAUCAGCCGCCGCAGCCGAAGGAUCUCGGGGAGGACACUAGUUUGACUACCCUGGAACUGCCGAAGGAACCGCGGUUCGCCGUGUUCUCGAGACGGUACGAGCCUCCGCAGCCGGCGCCGGACUCCGAGAGAACGCCGGAGGUGAUCGAGGCCGAGAUGAAGGCUCUCGAGACCGCGAUGGAGUCGCUGCUCUUGAUCACGGUGCAGUUACCGGACACGGUUUUUUGGUUCGAGCCGCCGCUGGUAGCGCAUUGGAUACCAGAGAAGAAGGUCUGGUCGACGAGAGACAUCCACGACAUCAAGUACAACGAGGAGAAGCAGACGAUCGCGUUCAGAAGCGGGAAACUGGGCGUCCACGGCCUGGCCGCGAACAAGUUCGCGAAUCUGCCGUUUCAGAGCUGGGAAUUGAAGCCGGAGGUGCGGAAGAACGGUCGGAAUUUCGGCGGGGUUGUUCUGAACGUUACCGCCGCCACCAUUCAAGCCGAAUUCGUGGAGGAUCGCGUGUGCCUGAACUCGUUCGCGGGCGGCUCAUCGACGCCUUUGAAGCAGAUGCUCGGCGAGUUCCUCGAACUGGACACGCUGAUCGAGCGAAUGCAACAAAUCGGCUGUGACCUGUUCCCCGAACGGGACGCGGCCAGCUACUUGAAAGGUCUGCCAAUGAAGCAUCCGGUCGCGGAGAAGCACCUGCGGGACUGUAUUGCACUGCUGUCCACCGGCUAUGUGUUCGCUUGGUCCCGCUGGAAUGCGACCAGAAGUUUCUGGGAGAUCGUCGUGCAGUUCAAAGAGGUGCACGGCUGCGUUGCCAAAGAGCGCACGAAUCUAACGCUGCUGGUCACACCGUGGCGUACGAUGCGCGUGCGUUGCACCGAGGUCAGCCCCGAAUUCUCCGAUCUGCCGCUGGAGGACGAAGACGACAAGUUCUACGCCGACCUGUAUCAGCUGGCGAUGAACACGGCGGGGAUCAAGACCCGUAUUCUUAUCGAGCAAAUCUCGUUCAAACUGGUAUCGACGGUUGCACAACUUCUCGAACGCACCAACGUGAUCAGCAUGUCCUCCUGAAGAACCUGGCGGAGCGGUUGGAGGGGGAGGUUGGGAUUUGCCGACGAUUUCGCAUGUAUCGACGGGUCGUUUUUCCAAAUGAAAUCCAUUUUUAUUCGAAUACGUGACGUAUCUCGAGCAUAAAGCGAUAUUCAGGAAAUAAUAUACGUCUCCGUUCGAUCUGCAGUUGAACGCAAAACGAUAUCUCGAAGGAAACACACACAGCGAUAUCGAGAUUACGGCUAAGCGGCAAUUAGAGUUAAUUGAUGCGCUUCGACGGGUGGUGUCGAAAAAUGGGAUCGGGAAUUGGAAUGCGGGAAUGCGGGAACGGGUUUCUGGGUGGGAUGCGAUGGUCCGAGGGGACUGGGAGGAAGGUAACAAUAGGGAACACUACGAUACGGAAGUGUUCGAGUAGUCGUCGUCGUUGUAGUCGCUGUCGUUUUAUGGUCGUCGUUGACGUCAUCGUGAACCCCAUAGCCCAUGUGGCUAGGCGUCAGCGGCAACGGGCGAUGCCCACCCGUUGCUACCACCGCCGCCGGAAACGCGACAUCGUUCUAAUAUAUUAAUUACGUUUGCCUCGCCAUAUUUUUUUUUUGCUGCUCCCCAGUUAACAUCCACGAGUACAUAGAUUAAUUGUUUGAUCUGUUUCUUUCGAUACGAUCGAGUUUUUUUUUUCUUUGUUUAACGUAUGUGUACGCAAUACGAAGCUAAAAAAUAUACAGUGAUGCCGAAACCCA